AUGGCGGUCGGUAUCUAUACAAUGGAUUGCCGUAACUGUACAUGCGUUUGUCAUCGAAACACUAGUAUCUCUGUACCAGAAUUGAAUCUUUAUUGGCAUGCACAGGGUAUGUUGAGCUUUUUUGGAAUGAGAGUUCCUCUCUAUGCCCUUUUUGGAUUUCAUCAAAUGUUUCUCUACACAUCCUAUGUCCUUGUUAGCAGAAUGCGCCUACCUUGGUGGGGUGAAGGGCCUGCAGUUGGCCUGAGUUCUGUGAUGCUUCAAUUACCAUUCCGUAUGUUAGGUACGAAAUUGCUGUGGUGGACGUGGCACGAUACUGAUCCAACGAUUGAAGACAGAAUGUUCUGGACUCCAUGGAGCUCUUUAUACUAUUAUGCCGCAUGUGCUUGUUCUUUUGUAUGGAUGCUCCGACUAACUAGACGCUUGCUGCUUGAAAAGGAGUAUGACUGGAUGAAGUAA